UCUCUCUCGAGCAGGGAGAGGCAGAGACUUCGCCCCAAUGCCGGCGCGAUAACCGACGCGUGUCCACGCGAACCAUUCCGCGGAUCGCGAAAAACAUUCGCAUUGCUAGCGACUAACGACAUACGGACUGUGUUUGUGUACGCUGUGCGACCUGUUCGUUUAUACUUAACACACGUGCGUUAAUUAUAUGUUAUAUAAAAUUAUUAUAUAUAUCAUAUUCGUAUAGCCGUUAUCGAAUUUGAUGUGAUAACAAAUAAAGACAGAUUGUAUGGUUUUGAUUCAUUGAAAUAACACAAAAUGUGGUAUUGAACCGUCGGAGCGUGAAGGAGAUGAGAUCUCAUAGAUGAGAUGAAGACUUCGCUUGAAUGCGAGCGGUCCGAGGCCGCUGAGAGCGGUAAGGGUCGUAUAUCGUUUAGCGUAGAUGCCUUACUUGGCAGCAAGAGCGACACGACCAGAAACACGCCUGACGCAGUCAGCAAUGACGCCGAGAGCGCUGUUGAAUCUGACGAUAGUGACGUUGAUAUAGAAGACGUCGAGUCUAAUGUCGGUGAUGACAGGGAUGACAGAGAAGCGAACGAUGAUGAUGAAGCCAGGAGCGGGGUGGUCGUACCACAGCCCCUCCUGCCAAGGAUCUACCAGGGGCCCUCGCACGCCUGGCCGUUUGGAGCCUUCCCAUGGAUGGCGCCCAACCCUAUGUUCAGGGCUGGCUCUCCUAACGCAGGAGCUCCGAGCGGUCCGCCCGUAGUCCGCUGUCAGUUAAGGAAACACAAGCCCAACAGGAAGCCGAGAACACCGUUCACAACACAGCAGCUCCUGGCCUUGGAGAAGAAGUUCAGGGACAAACAGUACCUGAGCAUCGCGGAGAGAGCUGAAUUCUCAUCGUCAUUGAGACUGACGGAAACUCAGGUGAAAAUAUGGUUCCAAAACCGUCGAGCGAAAGCCAAGCGUCUACAGGAAGCGGAGAUAGAAAAACUUCGUCUCUCAGCUCGUCCUCUCCUACCGCCUUCGUUCGCGCUGUUCGGAGGUGGAACACCACCACUGUUCGCCGCCAUGGCCGCGGCGAGACCGCAGCUCAGCUUCCUGGGCGGCCCGCCCACGCACCAACACGCCAUCAACAUGAACAUACUCAACUCCCUCCAACCGCAUUGACGUUUAGAGCACGCGGUCGCGCGUGACAGCCCGCCAUCUUAGGACAUGGCGGCCGGGGUGACAUUUGAAAUAAGUGAUAAAAACUCCGUGGUGGUAUAGUGCCAGUACUUAAUUCAUUCGAGCGAGUGGUAUUGCUGUUGAGUUCUUACUAUAGAUGAAUACAUAACUAUUGGAGAAUAAGUGCAAUUUGUUUAUUAGGACGACACUGAGUAAAGGCGCGACAGCGAUUAGCGGACGGAUGUACGGAAUCGCUUCCGCUUAUAUAAUUAAGCGACUGGUCCUCGCUUCCGCCUUCGCCGGG